AUGGAUGCAUGGAUGGUUGCAAAGCCACAAUCACCAGUGAGUGAUGCUUCCGAUGAUAUCCUUCAAAGAAAUGGUGGAUACAACUCGGCCACAGGUGAGACACAUAUCAAGUGGACACGUUUCGUUAAAACAGGAGAUUCCCACGAUGUCAUUUUCACCAAUGCAGUCAUGAAAACUUCCUGGGCACUCCACUCCACCAGUACUGGAAUGGUUAGACAUACCAGCACUGGCAAAGGUCCAAGUUUGAAUUUCCUUUCAGCUGGUUAUGCUACUGGUGAGUAUGGAGUAUUGCCAAGUCAACCAGUAGUUUCGGAUGGAGGUUCUAGUAGUAGUAAUUCGACCUGUUCACUUCAAACUGGAUAUUCACAAAGUAUUUUAACUCAGUGGGUCAACUCUGCUGAUUAUCCUACAGCUAAUUACAAGUUAGUUGCUAAUUAUGGAACUUCUGAUUCUUUGAAAUUGUAUUGGAAAGUUUUAACAAAUCCAAAUGAUGCAAAUGUACCAAUUAUUGAAUUUGGAUUGAUUGCCACAGGAAUUUAUGGCUAUGCAUCAAUUGGAUUUAAUCAUGGAACCAACUCUGGAAUGGACACUGCUGAUACAAUGUUUGGAUAUGUGGAUUCAAGUGGAAACCCAGUUAUAUUAGACACAUACAUGCAAGGUAAUCUUCAAGCACCAACAUUAGAUUCAUCUCAAGAUUUCAUUUCCAAAAAUGGAGGAUUAAGAUCUGUGAGUGGAAAUUAUGAACUUCAUUUGAAAUGGACACGUUUGGUCAAUACUAAGGAUUCAUUGGAUCACUUAUUUACAAAUGCACAAAUUUCAAUUUCUUGGGCUAUAGCCAAAACAUCUACAUCCAUGGAAUAUGUCCACAAUUACAGAGGCAAAAAUGUCAUGAUUAACUUUUUACAAACAGCUACUUUGGCACACUUGGCAGCUCCUCCUGGCAGUGAAUUGGCCACAUGUGGUUCUUCUACUGGCAACAUUAAGGAUGGAAGUAUCUCAAUGAACUCAUUGACCAAACUUGCCAAUUCCUACAGAUGGCAUUUGAUUGCUACUGCAUUCAUUUGUGGAUUGUUGGUUAUUGGUGGAUUCUUAUUGAGUGUGAUUGGACCAAGAGUGAAUCCAAAUCUAUUCCUUGAUUUGAUCUUGUACAGAAGAUUGACCAAACAAGUCAAUUUGAAAUUUAUUGGAAUUUACAUUAAUACCAUUUUAGAUUUAACUUUGGGUGAAGCUGUUGUAAUUUCAUGUUAUUGGAUUCUUGUGGCCAUUUGGUUUGCAUUUGGAUAUGUGAAUGCAACAUCAGCUGAAGCUGGAAAAGCAUUUGCUUCUGUUUGUGUUUUCAAUUUUGGAUUAAUUUUAUUUCCAGUCACGAGAUAUUCAGUUUUACAAGUUUUAUUUGGAAUUUCAUUUGAUAGAGCAAUUAAAUAUCACAGAUGGUUGGGUAUUUUACAAUGGUUUUUUGUAACUGCUCAUGGAAUUGCAAUGGUUGUUCAUUAUAAUGCAUCUGGAUUAUAUUUAGUUGAUGUGACAUCUCCAACAUUUCCAAUUUUGGGAAUUAUUGCAUGGUUUUUCAUGACUAUUCUUUGGUUAAUGACAUUCCCAGUCAUAAGAAGAAAGCUAUGGGAGGUCUUUUUAAUUUCACAUGUCAUCUUGUCCAUUUUAAUUGUCAUUUUAUCAAUUAUUCAUGGUUCUGGAUAUAUUAAUUUAUUACCUUAUAUGGCAUUAUCAAUUUUAUUAUAUCUGUUUGAUGUAUUUUUGAGAGUGGUAUUUGGAUUUGGUAUUCCAACCAAAAUUGAUUCAAUCAAAUAUGAUGAAAAGAGUCAAGUUACAACCAUUACAAUGAGAAAACCAUUCUUGACAUUUGGCAGUAAUCCUUCAAUGGGACAUUUCAUAUUCUUAUACAUUCCUGCUGUUUCAAAAUAUCAACACCAUCCAAUCACAGUUAGUAGUUGUAAGGAAAUUGAUGGUGGAAUGAUUAAAAAGAAGGAAUUAGAAUUUACAGUUCAUGUAAAGAAUUUUGGAAGUGGAUGGUCAAAACAAGUUGCAAAAAUUGCUCAAGAGAAGGCUCAAUCAGCCAAUGAAUUAAUUUGUAGAGUUGAAGGUGCUUAUGGAUCAUUAUCAGUUCCAUUAUUGAGAUACAAGACAAUUGUCAUGUUUGGUGGUGGAAUUGGUAUUACACCAGUUCAUUCAAUUUAUUCACACUUGUUGGAAAAGAAUAUUCAAGAUAAGACUGUUUAUACUUGUUGGUCAAUUCCAACCACUGAUAUGAUUCAAGUAUUUCCUCAACUCUUGGAAACGAAUGGAAAUAAGAAUUUAAAACCAAAUAUUUUCAUUUCCAAAAUGAAAGAAGAAAAUUCACAACAAACAGCAUUUAUUCAUAAAGGAAGAGCCAAUCCAAAACAAUUCUUGGAACAAGUGAAAAAGGAAAUGAAAGAAAGAGGAGAAUUGAAUGCAUAUGUUGGUGUUUUAGUUUGUGGUCCAGAACAAUUGGUAACUUCAGUUUCGAAUGCCAUUUGGGAUGCAAAUGAAAGAAAUGGAAUUAGAUUCCAUCUCCAUAAGGAAGUUUUUACGUGGUAG